AUGUCGAAUUCUGUCCUUCUUGUUCUUUCUCUUCUUCUUGUGAUCGGAAACUAUGGUGAUGUACGAUUCUUCUUCGUAUACGGAGUUGUUGAUGAAUAUCGAAGAUAUGAUUUUCCCAGUGAAUUCGUUUUUGGUGCUGGAACUUCCGCUUAUCAGGUUGAAGGAGCAAUACUGGAAGAUGGAAGGAGUCUCAGCAUUUGGGACACCUUCGCACAUUCAGGGGUUCCCUGGUACAAUGGAGAAAAUGGAGAUAUGGCAAUUGAUGGGUACCAUAAAUACAAGGAAGACAUUGAACUUAUGGCAGACACUGGUUUGGAAGCAUAUAGAUUUUCCAUCUCUUGGUCGAGACUCAUCCCAAAUGGAAGAGGAUCCAUAAAUGCGAAGGGCUUACAAUUUUACAAUGAUUUCAUCAACAGGCUUAUCGCCCAUGGAAUAGAGCCACAUGUUACAUUACAUCAUUUCGAUCUACCACAGAUACUUGAAGAUGAAUAUGGAGGAUGGAUUAGUAGAAAAUCAGUGAAAGACUUUGUUGCAUAUGCUGAUGUUUGCUUCAGAGAAUUUGGUGAUAGGGUUUUGCACUGGACUACUUUCAAUGAAGCCAAUAUAUUUGCUUUAUUUGGUUAUGAUUAUGGUUACUCACCUCCUGGACGUUGUUCUUCCCCAUUUGGGUCUAACUGUAGCAAAGGUGACUCUACUUCUGAGCCAUACCUUGUAGCUCACCAUUUGUUGUUGGCACAUGCAUCAGCAGUAAGACUGUAUCACCGAAAAUACAAGGCCAUGCAGCAAGGUUUUAUUGGAAUAAACGUUUUGGGAUUUUGGUUUGAACCUUAUACAAACACAACCGAAGAUGUCAAAGCUGCCCAAAGAGCCAAUGACUUCUAUUUGGGUUGGUUUUUGAAUCCCUUGGUGAAUGGGGACUACCCAGAAAUAGUGAAGAAGAAUGCAGGAAACCGAAUUCCGACUUUUACUAAACUUCAAUUGGAGAGAAUCAAGGGUUCAUUUGACUUCUUAGGCAUAAACCACUAUUCCACAUUAUAUGUGAAAGACAACCCCAUUAGUCUUGAAACGGAUACCAGGGAUGCUAUUGCAGACAUGGCAGUAACAUAUAAAUUCAGUACUACUGGAGGUGAAAAUUUUCCAGUUCAGUUCCCCGUGGCUCCAUUGGGUCUACAAAAGCUUCUUAACUAUGUGAAAGAAGAAUAUGGAAAUCCUCCUAUCUACAUCCAUGAAAAUGGCCAAAAACAACCACGAAAUGCAACAUUGAUGGACACCCCAAGGGUAGAGUACUUGCAUGCGUAUAUUGGGGCUUUGUUGGAUGCACUAAGGAAUGGAUCAAACACAAAGGGAUAUUUUGUGUGGUCCUUCUUGGAUCUCUUUGAGGCUACUGGUGGCUUUACUUAUGGUUUUGGUCUGUACUAUGUUGAUCUGAAUGAUAAGGAGCUUACACGAUAUCCUAAGCUAUCUGCACACUGUUGUAAGGGAGAGCAGACCCCUCUCGAAUUGCGUCAAUCUUUCAAUAAAAUCUACGUUUCUUCUCUUUUCUGUCAAAUUGUAUCAGGAAAGAACGUGAGUGUCAUCAUUCUGGAUGUAGAUAAAUUUGACAUCAAAUAA